UAUUCCUAGUGCACACGAACUAUAUGCACAAAAAUUAUUAUUUUUUAAGGACGAAACAUGAAUUUUAAACUGUAACUCGCAAUGUCAUCAAAAUUAGUGCACAUAUUAAAUGCUGGACGGACACCUUAUCGGGAAGGAUUGAAUCUUCAGAGGUUUAUAGCCAACCAAAUCAUUGAAAAUAAAUGGAACUUUCAGAAUGUUUUGAUUCUUACAGAGCAUGAUCCAGUUUACACGAUUGGAAUAAGAACUACUAAUUAUAAUAAAGAAGACGAAGAGAGGCUAAAGAAACUCGGUGCUGAUUUCUACAGAACAAGUCGAGGAGGUCUAAUAACAUAUCAUGGUCCUGGACAGCUUAUAUCAUAUCCAAUAUUGAAUCUCAAAAAUUUCCAUCAAAGUGUUCGUUGGUAUGUUGGCAAGAUUGAAAAGUCUAUAAUUGAUUUAUGUAAAAAGUAUGACUUAGAGGCUGAAACUACAAAAGAUACAGGUGUUUGGAUUGAAGGAAAUCGUAAAAUAUGUGCAAUUGGAAUUCAUGUUUCACGGCAUGUAACAAGUCAUGGAUUAGCAGUUAAUUGUAAUACGGAUUUAAAAUGGUUUAAUCACAUAAUCCCGUGCGGAUUAGAAGGUAAAGAAGUUACAUCACUGUCCAAAGAAUGUAAACAAGAUGUGUCCAAAGAUGACGUUAUACCGAAUUAUAUUGACAGCUUUGAGAAAAUAUUCGAAUGCCAAACAGUCAAUAUUGAUAAGGAGGAGGUAGAUGAAAUCAAGAGACUUUCAAAAAAAUUAGAAGAAUAAAGAUAAGCCACAGAACUUUUUUUGGUAAGACUGUACGAGAUGGGGCACCCUUUAUU